AUGAGCGAAACGGGCAUCAAGACAUCGCAGCGCGUGUCGCGAUCGUGCGUCGAGUGUAGCCGUCGGAAAAUUCGUUGCGACAAGAAGAGCCCCUGCGCUCCUUGCGUGCGCCGAAAUGCCGGAAAUUCCUGCCGACGGCCGAUCGUCCGUGUCAGGGGACAGCUCACUGUCUACGCCGAUUCAGAUGCCGCAAGCGCAGAAGACGUCCAACUCGAGGACUUGCUGCGCGAACGAGGCGCUUUACGAGCACAAAUUGCUGAGCUGGAGACUGCCCUUGCAUUGUCCAAGCCUUGCGCACACAGCCGUACAAGCGAAUCCACCGAUUAUUCGGCACCGUCGGCGUCUCUCGAGGACUUGGUUCCGGCCUUUGAGCAAUUCGAUAUCGGUAUCACGACCAGUGCCGCACGAGAAGGUGGCGAGAAAGAGCUCAUAGAUAACAUAUACGAACCUGCAGCGGAUCCGAUCUAUCUGCUUCUUCCUAGUAAAGACGCUAGUAUACAACUCGUUACCUUUUCUCUUCAAAGACUGGGCUGGUUGCACUGCGCUGUUGACGCGGAUGUGUUCUUCGGGGAGCACGAAGACUUCUGGCAGAGUAUGCACCUUGGUGGUGGCAUCGAACGCGAACGAAGACCAUGGCUAGUGGUCUAUCUCGCAGUUCUGGCUGUGGGCAUACUCUAUUCCGACCCAGAGGAAAUCCCGGAUGUCACCCAACUGCCCCAGCUUGGGAUGUCUUUAGCUAAUCCUGUCUCUAUCGCAGUCCAUACGUCUCGUCUCUGGUAUGAGGCUGCGCUAAAAGAGCUGGAGCGGUAUGGGUUCGCGGGUUCACCGUCGCUCCCUGUAGUUCAGGCGCUUUCGGUACUGACCCUAUGCCAUUCCAAUUUUGGAGAACACCAGCGAGAGUGGCUGAUCACUGGCUUUGCAACCAACAUGGCAAGGUGUCUUGAUAUGCACAAGCUUGGGAACGAAGUAAACAUUUCCAAGGAUCUCUGCCGAAGACCGGAGUGGUCUACCCCGUCUCAAAGAGAGCUAGGGCGUCGGUUGUGGUGGGCUUGUGUCAUUCGGGACUGGCUUGCAAGUUGGUCGCGACCACCAUCAAUUUCCCCCGCCAGCUUCUGUUGCCAUGUUUCGACCAUCAGCAGGCAAGAUGAUUACAUACUACCCAGGAGUCCCAUGGCUGGUAGUCCUGAGUCGUACGAAUCGAACACUCUGGCUACCCCUUCACCAGCCCAUUAUCACUCGAUCAUGUGCCGUAUCUCUUACAUCGUUUACUUGUAUAUCAAAGCAAAUACACAUCAGACGGACCUGAAAUUUAUGAAAGCUAUCGAAGAGGUCCAGGCUGUCCGGCGAGAUUUACCUCUGCAUCUAUCACCGAACUUUCCAGCCAACGAAGAUGAUAGGAUAUGGGAACUCGAUCACCCCUGGAUACCUUUUCAGCGCUAUCAGAUCCACUAUGUUCUUGAUUUCAUAUUGCUGACCAUAGCUCGCGUGCUAAUCCCAAAGGAAGCAGGGGACGACCCAACGAACUCUAGACAUCUUGCUCUCCAGUCGGCCAACCGGAUUCUGAAGUACUACGCGGCGCCUGUACCUAGGGUGUACAGACUAGUUUGGGUCAUAUCUGCUUCAACGGUCGCGGCUGCUAUAUAUGUUUCCUUAGACAUACUUGCAAAUCCCCAUGAUUACCGAGGCGAGGCCAAGCUUAGAAUUAUAAAUCUUCUAAGAAUGGCGUUCAUGGAACUGAGAAAGCAUUCAGCGGUUGCUGUCCACGCUGCAAAAGGCUCUGUUGUACUUGAAGGUCUCUUGCCUGUUCUGGAACGACACGAUACUGAGCUUCCUGGAGCGACACGUACGAUCCAUGAACUAUUGCAGCAGUUGUCAAUGAGCGAUCAUACCACCACCACGAACUCGGUACCUGCAAUGGACGGCUUCGCUCACCACGGCAAUUACGAGAACAUCGAUAUGUUCGAUGGAAUUGGCCACAUGCCGCAAGCAGCAUAUGGUUUCGAUGACUGGGACGAAGUGUUUGCACAAAUGUGA